AUGCUUGCCUUUGUCACUGUCGGAUCGACGGAGUUCGACGGCCUCGUUUCCGCUGUCUUCACUGACGAAGCUCUCGCCGCUCUUCAUAGGAAAGGCUACACGGAACUUGUCGUGCAAUGCGGCAAAUCAACCUUCGAAUUCGCGGACGGCAUCCAAAACGGCGAGACCCAGAGGCUGCGACGCGCGGAAGUAGACAUCGAAUACUGGACCUACAAGCCAUCGCUUGAGGAGGAAUACGCCAAAGCCGAUCUGGUGAUAAGCCACGCCGGUUCUGGUACCAUACUGGAUGUCUUGCGAAAGGGCAAAUCGAUGAUCGUCGUACCAAACCCAACUCUACUCGACAAUCAUCAAGAAGAGCUUGCAACUACGCUUGAAGAUAUGGGGUAUUUGAAAGCUGCAUCCGUCGAAGAUCUCCCAGCAGCAAUCGAGGGAUUCGACACGUCGAAUAUCAAGCCUUUCCCCCCAUUCGAUGGAAGCCGGUUCGCGAGGAUUGUCGACCAGGCGAUGGGCUUUAUUUGA